AUGCACUUCAUUACCGAUCCCGGAGAGGCUCUGAAUCUCAAGGAUUUAUUCCAACCUUUACUGGAAUGGAUUGACCCGGAAUUCAAAUUGUUCAACAUUGUGGAACGCAACGAAAUAAACGGGAUUGAAACAAACCAUAAACUAACAAACGGAGAAGCAGCCAUGACACUUACCCCCUGCAUGGCGAUUUUGUUGUUUCUCCAAGAGGAAAUGCUCGUAGAUAGAGUGAGUAUGGCGCAAAAGUACCUUAUAAGACCACCGUGGAAAUUCCACCACAGUGUUUCACCAAAUGGUAAAAUGUCCACGUGUCCGCCUAACCACCAAGACUUUUAUUGCCAUUCCCACGACAUGCCACUUUGGGGAGUUCGGCAAGUGCACUAUGGGAAAGAACACCUUAGGUUCGUUAUAUUUUGCAGCGAAGAAAACUGGGAGGACACGGUCCAAUUUUAUAGUCUUAUUCUCGCGAAAGUUGCAGAAGAAAGAAAGGACGACUUUUGUUACUUCACAAUCUACUCACAGCCAAAUUUUGAUGUACAAUUAUCACUCAAAAAACUGCCAAAUAAAUUCAAACCUCGGGUGCUAAAUUCAGCCAUACUCCAAUUCAAAGUGAACGAAGUGGGCAGCCUUGUUCCUUUGCUACCGAAUAUUUGUUCACCAAUCAGCAAACGCCGGUGGCAGACUACCGACUAUGAUGGGAACAGAAUAUUACUACAACUGACAAAACGUGGACGAAGGUCGGUUCGUAGCCACACUGCCUCACCAGCACCCCGAACAACAACAACAACAAAAACAACAACAGGAAGGACAGACACAGCCACAAAAAGCACACAACACCCCGGGUGGUUUGUGUAG